ACAAGACGGCGAUGCCAAACGAGUACGAAGCUAAGCGCCUGGCGCGGAUCGCCGAGAACAAGGCAAUGCUCGCGUCGCUGGGCAUUGACAAGCAGAUCAUCGAGAAGGCCGCGCCCAAGCAGCGACCAGCGGCGAAGCAACUCAGCGCACGAGGCCCUGUUCGGCGCUCGAGCCGCGUCCAGGAAUUGCAUCCUGGCAGCAUUGUGGCUGUGUGGGACGCCAAGCCCGUCUUGAUGCGCGAUGUGGUCAUGAAGCUCGGGCUCCACGACACGCCGGACCUCCUCCGCGCCUGUCUCGGGAAGGAGCUCGUCCCGGGCGGGAAGCUCCCGGUCGUCAAUGCGCUCAAGGCGGCCAACCCAGGGGGCGUCUACGAGCAAACGAGCCUUCUCUGCACGAACGCGACCGUCCUCUUUGCAUGCGUCAGCGCCAUAAAUGAACUCGGAGCCUUUUCCAAGAGCGCGACGACCAAAGACAUCUCCUUAGCGUGGAAGACAACGAACGCCAAGCGGUACGAGCAAUUGAACCGCCGGCUCUACAGAGCCGCCCGCGUGAGCGCGGCAACGAGCAACGGCAAGCCGCUGCACCUCUUUGUGUGUUUUGGCGCCACGAACGCCCGAGUCGUGUACGCUGGCCGCCUCGCACUCGCGCAAAGCCCCGCCAAGACGGAGAAGAAGAAGAAGAUGUUUUUCUUUCAGCUCGUCGACGGCAAGAAACUUUCCAAAGGCGUGCUCAGCGCGAUGCUCCAGCGCUAACCUACGUAGCGACCAGCGACCCCGUGUUGGCGCCAACGUCAAUUGAUGUCGUUGCUUGUGUCGCCGUCACCUGGAGGGACAUGCCUCGCGCCUAAAACAGCUCUACCAAAUACUACUGCGACUCGGACGA